AUGUCAUAUGUGCUGGUACGGGAUGGUGGAAUCGAAACGCCGCGAAUAUUCGAGAAGCUUUUGCGACUACGAAAAGCCGCACUGAUUCUCGCGUUCACCGCCGCUUAUUUCUAUGCGCAAUUCGCGUUCGCCACCGAAAAUAUGGAAAUCACUCGGAUUUCCGAACAUGCAUUAAUGCCGGGUUUGGUCACUUCAAAAUUUGAUAAAGCGGGAUUGGCAUCAAAAUUGACACGAGAACUUGACAAUUUGCCAAAGUCAAAAUCGCAGCAAGAAUUUAUUUGCGAAAAUUUUCUUCGUUGGGGACUGUCAUGCUACGAGCAGAAAUGGCGGACAAACAUCGCUGCUUUUAAAACUAGCGGAACGAACGUGUAUGGUUGGGUUCGCGCUGGCCGAGCGGACGGCACCGAAGCGCAACUGAUCGCCGUUCAACUCGGCGCUCGUCGGACAUCGGCAAUCGCUCACGUCAUGGCGUUUGCGAAUUUCGCGAAAGACCAAGUCUACUGGGCGCGAGACAUUGUGUUCGUGUUCGUCGAAAACGCCGUCGGAAUGGCAGCGUUUCUCGACAAAUAUCACAAUUUCGCCAACAAUUCGGCGAUCAUCGCCGACGAUUUGAACGAGCAGAGCGGUCUGCUCAUCGCCGGCGUCGCCUAUGAGGCGUCGCGAGUGGCGAUCAAGAAUCGCAAAAUUGCGACGGCGAAAAUGAACGGCGUGAAUGGUCUUCAGGCGAAUUUGGAUCUGUUCAACGGAAUCGCCAAAAUUUUGCAUUCGCGCCAUCAAACCUACGCGGCGCUUUAUGAUUAUCUACCGGAUUAUCGCCAUUCGACUGCCAACCCGUAUUUGGUGCCACUUCGCGCGAUUUAUACGCAAGCGUUCAUCGAAAUCGAAGGGAUCCACAGCGUCAUGGGCCUCUAUGGUGUCCAAGGAGUGACCAUUGGCAUUCCGGUGGAGUUUAGUGAAGCUCAAGCGGGACAAUUGAUUGAAGCGGUUGCGAGAAUGCUGAAUAACGCGUUGGAACGACUCCAUCAAAGUUAUUUUAUGUAUAUACUUGCCGAUGACAUUCAUUUUGCCUCGAUUGCCUAUUAUAUGCCAAUUAUUGGACUUCUCGGCGCCCCAUUGCUUUUGAAUGCCUACUACGAAUGGCGUCAAUUGUCGACGCUGGCGAUACCGACGCAUUUCCUUCUCCUCCAUUGUUAUGGUUUCGGAAUUUACGCGAUAACGACAUGGAUUUACACAAAAAUCGGCGAUGAGUUCGGUGUGCGAUUCGCGUGGCCGCCGGUAAAUCCGCCGGCAGGAAGUGAGAGCUUCUCGCUGACGCACGCGUUUCUCAUUGUCUCAUCGAUGCCCGUUGGUUUGGUUUUUGCGAAUAGACAACCCGAAUAUGUGUCGAGCCUUCGCUUGUUGUGCCAAUUGGAAACCGCGCUAGCGCUUGGAUGUGUGUCCCUUAUCAAUUUCGGUCUUGCCGCGAUUUGUGCACUCUUCGCCGUGCCGAUUGUCACGUUGAUGACAUUCGAAGCCGCUUCAAAAUUUCGCGCCUAUUUUCGCACUUUGGCACUCGUUUUGGCGAAUCCGAUGACAAUCAUCACCUAUUUGGCAAUGAAUAUGGGACCAAUUUUCGAGUACGCGGAAAAUUGGAAAAGUUCCGAACUUGAAAUGGCCGAAAAAUUGGCGGCAAGAAUGCUGAGAGAGAACGCGCUAUUCGGAUCACAUCAUAUCAUACUCCUCUGCUUUAUCGUUGUCCCGAUUUGGAAUUGUCUAUUUAGUUGCGCUUUGAAUUUUGCUGACGAGCCGGGUCUUGAAGCGAAAACGAAAAAGGACCAGUGA